AUGUUUAGGACUAGGCCCUGCUUGAGGUUCUCGGCUACGAGGAUUCGCAGCCAGCGACACACCUCUUCAGUUAGCGCUCUGUAUCCCGCUUUCAAGGAUCCUCCUCCCUCAUUCCGCCUGCUACACAGAACGCUGGGACCAGGCGCAUCCAAUGCCCCGCCAAUACGUGCCAACUUGACCACCUUAGCUCGAGAACCCCCGACUGUAAACGAAGCUCUCGAAGAAGCUAAAGAGGCACUGCUACAAAGGGGCCUUGAUUCGCAGUCAUUCUGGGAGCAGCGCAUUGUUUGGGGUGAUCAGGAUCCCUUCCAACGUCCGGUGACUUUUCCGGACACGCUCUUGAUCGGAUACCGCCCCGUACCUCCUGCUAGCGAUCAUACCGAUCUCGCGACGUUCCAUGCGGCAGCAUCGGCAUAUUCACUCUUGCAAAAAGCAUUCAUCGCCCAUACGAAAGAGGCUUUGGUGUGGUAUGACUAUGAUACCCUCAAGAAAUGCCACCCGGGAGAGAGAGCGCUGGAGGUCCUGUGGGGUCGCGUUAGGAAAGAGUAG